AAACGUAACGUGUGCCUCUGCAUAAAAUCGCUCUCCCUAUAAGAAAUGGGGUUUUUUACAUGAAUUCAUAAACAUGGCGUUUAUUUUCUGGCGUCCACCUUUUGAUCAAACAUUUCUCUAAUCCAGCACAGUCCCCGCAUUACACAAUUGGUUCGUAUUUUAACAAAAAGGUCCGAAAGCUGGCUCAGGGGAGUAAUUUUCGGUUUGGAACAGAGAGUAGGAAAAGAUGGACUGGUGUGGGGCAGUGCCUAGCUAAUGUUGAUGUGACAUGCAGUCUGAGUGCAGUACUAGGUACAUCCAUUCCGUAUCCGAUUUACUCUAUACCACAGACGAAAUUGAAUUUCUACUCGACGACAUUAAGGAUCUGGAGUCGAAAAGCUACAGGCCUGAAGACAUUCAGGACUUCGAGAUAGCGGGCAGCAGGACGGGGGCGCUCAGCGGAACGGCCGAGUGCGCGGGAGGCUGCGAGUGCGAAUCGCCCCUCGGAACGGUCAACUCCUGGGACUCGCACUCCCACUACCGCCGGCACCCACCCUCGCCCGAUCUAUCGCUCUACUCAGGCGUCAUCCUCUACUGCGACCACACCCAGCUCAGGACGUCCACGGGGUUCUUUCGGCUGCUCCUGCUGGCGACUUCUAUAGCAUGUUUGGCGUGCUUGUGCACGUCGGGAACGCUCAAAGUAGGACUGUUUAUGCUUCCGUCGGCCGGGCGGAUACGAUUCAUGUUGUUCAUAACGUUGUUGAGUAUGUUCGUGACAUGCCUUCUGCUAUUUCUUGAUAUAUCCCACAUCGUUUAUUUGUUUCCUUUCAAUUGGGGAAAAGUGAAUGCAUAUUUAUAUGUAAGCCUUUGUGUGUUGUUCCUUAUAGCUUCGAGUCUCAUAUUUCACAUGACUUUCGCAAUUGAAAUGCCCAAGUGGUCUCAUCAUCAGUUGUUAGUUACCGGGUGCUUAGGAUACUUUUGUAGUAUAGAAUCGGCGGUGAUAUCGCUGAUACAGAAAUGCCACAUGGCCCAAUACGAGCCGGUCGAGGAGGACCUGAGCUUCCACCUGCAGGAGAGGCACACGUCUUCGACGGACUCGCCCCAGCACAAAGUGAACCAAACGACGCACAAUUACAAGCCCAUCGUGAACUAUUCGGUGGUGCCGUCGACGUCCAAGCAGGACCCGCUUAACUACUUAGACGACAUACAGCCUUGUUCAUCCAAAUCGGAUUCGUAUAGAGUAGCAUGAUGAUGACUGAGGGUUUUACGUCAGUUAGAUAGCAUUGUUUUUAUCACGUUUACUGCUACAGAAUGAACAGAUGGGUGUAUUUCGAGCGGGUUUUUUAUCAGAAAUUUUCGUUUGAAGGAAAAUGUGUAGGUUUUUUAUUCGUUUUUUUAGCGGUAACUUUCCCGCUUUAUCGUCUGAAUAAUGAAUUUUUUGUAGGUAUUAUUCAAACUACUUAUUUGCUUUAAAGUGUUAAUGCAAUUAGGUACAGUGCGGCGGAAAUAACACUUUAGCUAUUUCUGUUGGUCUGUAGGUAAAAUUUGUAAACGAUAAAGGGAGGGAUACAUUUUUAUUUCAUCGCGAAUUAUUUUUUAGCGACUAACAACUACGGGUACCUUCGACAUUUAAUAGUUUUUGAUAAAACGCCCCACGACUUGGUAGUAUUUUAGUUGGUGCAAAUAGUUUGAUGCAGUACAUUUCAAUACUUUUUUACGGAAAAGUGUGUGAUAGCAAUUUCGAAUAAUUAGCGUUUUUAUAUUUAAAUUAAAUGAGAGUAGGUUAUAUACACGACCGAUUCUAUUGGUACAAAUCGAUUAUAAUUUUUAUUUAAUGCGAGAAUAACUUACGUUAGCUUUACCGAUUUAAGGCUAAAGAUGACGAUUUGAAUUAGUCAUUAGUACAAAGAAAAUACAAGGAGUAAUUAAUAAUUGCAUUUCUGUUAACAAACGUUCAAUUCCAAUCAACAUUUUAUUAGUUUCUAGCAACCGAUAGAUGAAAACGAGGAAACUGUUGAAAUAUUUGCACUUAAACACUUGUUCAAAUUAAGCAAAGAGAAAAAUUUUAUCUUGUCAUUAUUGUAUAUAGAUAUCUAGUUUUUUCUCCGUCUAUUCAGAAUACUUUAUUAGACGUUCGUCGGCCUUUUUGGAAUGCAAUUCCGAAACUGUAAUUUUUAAAUGAUCGAACGAUAUGCGAAAAAUGUUUUAUGGCAAGAGUAUAAUGGUAAGCUUCAAAGUUAAGUGGUGCUACUAAAUAUAUUUUUUUAUAAAGUAAAUUCCUUUAUUUCACUUUUGAUGUGGAUUGUGCAUUUUACUGUCUUUAUUUCUUGAUUAUAUUUGGAGUUUUUCUUGUGGAGAACGUUUCUGCCUCAAUUAUUCCCGUGAAAAUUCGUUCCAUCAACUGCAUAUCGAGUGUUUUAUGUAAAUUUUAACGUAAUCUCCUAAUGGAAGGAGAUUUAUUUGUACAUUUUUAUUUAUUGGAAUUGCAUGUAUGUAAAUUUUAUGAAUGAAAAUAUGAGUACUGCCAAAACACGAGUCAACACUAAUAGCCAAAUAGAUUUUUCGAAUUCAAAGUCUAAUUUCUUUGAUUGUUUCACGAAUUUGAUUUGGCGGACAAUCAGAGCGAUCGGCAGCGGUGUUUUUUUGAAAUUAAUUUAUAGAACUUAUGUUAUAGUGUGAUUUUAUACUCAAAUAAAA